CGGAGUGACCGACAGUUGAAACCGCUCGAGCCCGAGACCAAAGACGUCGACGAGCUAAACGUGUCUUCACGGCGGCGUGUAACAAGCACGAAGAGGAAGAAAAGGAGGAAAAGAAACAGCACCCAGUUUUGGAAACCCGCCAGAAGAAGCGGAAUUUGAGGCUCUGUACGUUUCGACGACACACUUGUGCCGGUGUUUGAUACCCUUCUCGUUUUUUAGCCGGCACUCGCUAGCUAAUUUUCGACCUGCAUGUUCAGUGAGCUGCCAUAGCUCGGAGUUGCAUCAGAGAGGCAGACUUUGAGUUUUUCCCUCCUCAUCCUCCCUUUUCCUCGAUUGGCACGAACUUGAAAACGAGUGACACGUCAAGUAUGGGAUUAUCACGGUGAUGUGGAUUGUAAUUCCGUUUGAAGAAAUCCUCGGUUUACUUCAGAACAAUGUGAGAGGAUUCGCCUCCUGGGUUCUCACAUUUCUGGAUAUUUUGAAAACUGUGAGCAACGGCUGAGAGACCUUCUUUCUUUCUCCCUCAGGUGUCUCGCCUGCUUGUGUCUUGUUGGGACCAAAAGAAAAAAAUGGGAUUCUCGCCAGUUUAAGCUCUCUGAUCCCGUUUGGAAAUUCUCCUCAUGUCUACCCCAUUUUCAGAGACCCUCUCCAAUGCUUUUGAAAAAGUUCGCCUAUCGUCCGAUAGGAUUUUAAACAGACUUUCACGCUUUGCCCUUUCAAUCAUGAACUUUGCUGUCCGCUUGCUGCAGCUGUUUUGUGUGACGCUUCUGUAUUUUUCAGCUGUAAAGAGUGCCUAUAUCCCCAAAGAGAGUGGAGGAAGUACACAUGACGUGGUGUCCUUUACUGAGGUGUAUAAUAAGUCGAUGUGUCGGCCGCGGGAGCUGCUAGUGGAGGUCCAGCAGGAGUACCCAGACGACAUUGAGCACAUCUUCAUUCCGUCCUGUGUGGUGCUCAUGCGCUGUGCCGGCUGCUGCAAUGACGAGAUGCUGGAGUGCAUGCCUACAAUCACGCGCAACAUUACCAUGGAGGUACAAAGAUUAAAACCCCUACGCAACAAAGGCAUCUCUUUAAUGAGCUUCACAGAACACAUUGAAUGCCAAUGCAGGCUAAAGAAAGACAUCCAGGACAAGACAGAAAAUAGUCACUGUAAGCCAUGCUGCAGUACCUGUUCUGAGAGGAGGAAAAGGUUGUUUGUUCAGGACCCAGAGACGUGCCAGUGUUCCUGCAAACACUCAGAGGCUGACUGUAAACUAAGGCAACUUGAGCUCAAUGAAAGGACAUGCAGAUGUGACAAACCAAGAAGAUGAUUUGGAGAUCAGCCUACAUACAUAAAGACAUAAAUAUAUGGAUUCUGGGAUGAAGGAAUAUUUGCUAAUAAUGUGUGGCACAGCACUUUGACCUGUCUUUUUAAACUUUGACCUGUCAACUCUGGACUCUGGAAGCAUUCCCCCUGGACUGAUUGAGGAAAGUGUGCACAAGAGAGCAAAUGAAAUCUGCUCCUUGUAUAUUUCCGCAAAUAUACAAGGGCUGAAAAGUACCAUAAGAGUAGAAUGAAUUGCUGCUAAAGAGACUGAACAUAUCAAAGAGGUUGGACAUAUCAAAUGACGUCUCAUUGCAUUUGGCUAACGUGGCUUUUGACAAAAAUCUAAAUCACUCAUUGAGCUUCAUCGUAUCACUGGAUUUGCCGUGGAGUUCUGUUUGGUUUUUUUUUUGUUUUUGUUUUUUGUUUUUUUUGGGCAAUAUAUUCAUAAACAAAACAGACAUUUAAAAAAGACAUAGACAGGAAAAAUUUUAUGUCCCUCAACAGCACAUCAAAAAGCAAUGGAGUUUGGGAUGAUCAGCUAUUUAGAAGAUGCAGUUUUCAACAACUUGUUCUGCAGGUUUGCAGUGUCUGGGGCAACACAUCUUUUUGAUGGAGACCAUGUGAAAUCUUAAGGUUCCAGAAUUGUGCUGAGCGUUUGCACCAAACCAUUUUGUGCAUGGAAAGAUUGAAGAGGACCUUGGGUGCAUCUGCUUUCAUAAAGGGAUGUUAGUUAUUCAGUAUGGAAACCACUUUGCCUAGAUUAUGUGACUUGAUUUCAUUCUUUAUUGAAAGACAGGUGACUACUUGAGAUUAUAAUGACCUGUUUCUGUAAACCUGUGUGAAUGUUUUUUUUUUUUCUCUUCUCAUACAGCCUGCAGUGAAACACAAUGUGGAGAAUUCAAAAACAUGAGGUCAUUUCAAUGUUCAUUGCUAAUAUCCCUUAUCGUAUGACACCCCAGAGUCCAUAAUUUAAGAACUUUAGUAUAUUUUUAGUAUUCUUGCUCUCUGUAUUUAAUUGGAUCUAUUUAUGUGCAGUGUUAUAUUGUGAUUACUUUUUUUCCUCAGUAUUUGGUGGUCAGAAAAAUGCUUCUCCACAUUUUUCUGUAGAUGAGAAGAUAACAUUCCCAUGACUGAUCAUUUCUGUUUCUCAAUUAGCCUCAAAAAGUUUUUCGCUGCAUAUGUAUGCUUUGUGUGAUUUGUGUUGUGAUUGUGUGUGCGAGGAAGUGUGUAUGUAGUGUGACUGAACAAGAACUGUGUGUGGGAAUGAAUGCUCCAUACCUUUAACAAUAAAACAUAGCCAAAAGAAAUCAUAUGCCACCAAACCCCUACUACCUUUAUAUUUUUUUGUUGUAUCAUGGAAGAGACUGCCUGGUUUUAGUUUAUUUGGUUUAUUUAUUUACUCCCUGUAAAUAUGUUCAUUAACAUCUGUCUGUCAUGUAGUAAAACAUAUUUAUUUUCAAAUUAAAUUGCCUUUUUCUAUAAAACUUUACAUGAAAACCC